AUAAUGGGCCAGUUGCUCUGAAGUCAUUCUCUCCCGAUCAGGCGUGGUGACAUGGCUCGGUCUCACGACGACGGCGGCGAUGGCAGGGAGGCAACCGAAGCUCUGAGCGGGGAGGAGGGCCGGCGUGUAGCCUGCGAGACGGGGCAGGGGAAGACGGAUAAGAAGAGGAAGAGGAUGGGCGCCGAGGCUCCGCCGCCUCCACCUGCCCCAUCCCAGGAGGAGCACCGCGCUACCUCCAGCGCCGACGAUGGGUUGGAUUACGCCAGGGCUAUUGUGGACAAGAGUGUGCGCGAGAUACUAGCCAUCAAGGCAAACAGAGUGCCAUCUACUGAACUAUUUGAAAGGCUCACUGGGGAACGUGACCAUAGUCUGGAGAAUACAUUUGGUGAUUCCGAUGAUGGCAGCCUUGAGAGUCGCCAAGCUCGUAAAGUUGCAUUGUUGGUCUCAAAGUCAAUCGCCAGCUUGUCUUCUUAUGCAGGUGGGAAGAGGAUCCGUGUCUGUUCAGGAUUUGCGAUGUGUCAGACAGAUACUACUGGUACAAGUAUGAUCUUAACAUCAGCAACACUUGUUAGAUCUCUGAAUGGAGAUAAUGACCUGAUACCUGAUGUGAAGGUCAAGGUGCUUCUGUCUGAUGGGCAUAUAACUGAUGGUCAUAUCUUUCUUGUGGAUUUUCACUAUAAUGUAGUUGUUGUCAAAGUUGCAGCUGAUUUAGCGCUCCUUGAAGCCUUUCAUCUGAAAGGCACUACCCACAGUGGAGCUGUAUUAGCACUUGGACGUUCAUAUGAAGGUGGUAAACUCAUGUGUUCACGGGGUGAAGUUGUAAACCGAACAAGCAUCUUUGGGUGUUCGGAACUCUUGGUAUCAAGCUGCAAGAUUUCCAUGGCUGGUUCUGGAGGACCUCUUGUCAAUUACAACGGUCAAGUUCUUGGUAUCAAUUUUUAUGAAAAGAAUCAGACAUCACACCUUCCAAUGCUGAUUGUUUCAAGGAUCCUGGAACAACACCAGAGCUUUGGAAAAACAAUUAGCCCUUGGCUUGGAUUAAAGUACACUUCUCUUCAAACGAUGCCACUGGGAGUCCUGGAGCCAAUCUAUCAGAAAUUCCCGGAUGUUGACCAGGGUUUAUAUAUUUCAGACGUUGCAGAGGGGUCACCUGCUGAUGUUGCUGGAUUAUGUAACGGUGAUGUUCUUGUCAAAUGCAAUGGAAAAGUUCUAUCCAGUGCCCCAGAGUUUGCUGCGAUGUUACUGGAUGUUUGCAAGGAGCAGUUGGAAGCCUUUGGAGAUUGUGCAGGGGAAACCAUGGUAGUUCAGAUUGUCACAAAGCGGCAAAGAGAUGGCAGCACAGUAUCAAAUAGUAUAGCUGCAGAGAUGUUGAAAGAGUCCCACUAUAACAGAUGGCCUGCCCCGAUGCCAAGCUACAAGCCUCGCGUGAUAAACAUCGGCGUGUAGAGGCGCUUUAAUAAGCAUACCCUGCUGCUGUUUAAUGGAUUCGUAAACUGGUGUAAAUUACUGCAUCACUUGAGAUUCUACUUGGUUAUUAUCCAAGCUACAAGGUUUGCCUGAUGAACAUCAUGCCGUGUAGAGGUGCUAAUCUGCAUUAAUCUGUUGUUUAACGGAUUCGUUCGCUCCUGUAAUUUAUGGCAUCGUUUGAGAGGCUACUUGCUAACGUUUUGUCUUCUUCAUAUUGAAACUCAUGUAAUACUUUGUUGAUUAA